AUGAAGUUAUCAGGAAGGAAUAAAAAUAAAGAGUCCCCAAAGAAACGGAGAACAGAUGACCCUGAAAACGGGGACAGCGAAAAAGUUCCACAUUCCAACACCAUCACUGAUGAUUCAAUCCAUUGUAAAGUCAGGUUACUUGAUGAUACCCAAACUCCUAUUGAGUUUACAAUAAAGAAAGCUGACAGUGGUUCGGUUCUUUUUAAAAAAGUGUGUCAGUCCAUAGGUGACUUAGUUGAAUGCGACUAUUUCGGGUUGAGAUAUACCGACAAAGAUAAUAUACGGCAAUGGCUAGAGUUAGAUAAAAGUGUCUAUAAACAGCUUAAAGAUUGUAAGUCUUUCGUGGUAAACUUCCGUGUGAAACAUUAUCCACCGGAUCCUGUCAAUGAUUUGGCGCAAAGUAUUUCCAGGUACUUGGUAUAUCUUCAAAUACGUCGGGAUUUGACUCAGGGACGUCUUUUGUGUCCUCCAUCUAUCGUUGGAGAACUUGGAGCACUGGUCGCACAAGCUGAAAUCGGUGAUGCACCGUCAGAACACGUAGAAACACCAAAUAGUGAUGUUAAUCACUGUACACCACCUCUAUAUGAUUCACGGUUGGAUAGUGUGGAGUCUACUGAAUCUACAAAUAUGUCCAACAAUAAUGAUUGUGACCAGUGUAUACAAGGAGAGACAUUAAAUUAUACUGCAUGCUGUGAGAUGCUGCGUAAACUGAAAAUAAUAUUCAACCAAACGCCGGAGGUUGAAGCACAAAUAAUGAAAGAAUACCAAAAGCUUCGUGGUCUUAAAGCGGUUGAUGCGGAAACUGAACUUCUCCGACGGGCAUCACAGUUGCCGACUUAUGGGAUCGAUCCUGUACCAGCUACGCCCAUGCAAAAGGUUUAUUUACCUGUUUCAACCUCAGCAACUGAAAACAAUUCGCCGCCAACUGAAGUUAAAGCUACUAAUGGAAAGCAAAACUCAGUCACAUUGAGUCCUCAACCUGUAAAUUUACCUGAAGGAGCUACUUUCUACUUGGGUAUAACCAGUACAGGUGUAGUGACUUUUGUGGGGCGACAAAGAAAUGCAGAAUAUACAUGGGAUCAAAUUCAUCGAUUAGGCUGUGAUGGAAAAUUAUUCCUAAUUUACUUAAAAAGAGAUCAUAACCAUACUGGACGAAAAUUGUUCCGGACAAAAUAUAUUCUGCAUUCAUUUCGUUGUAAAUCUAAAACUGCAGCGUUUGCUUUUUGGCAUUGGGUUGUUGAUAGAAAAUGCUUCUUCACUUUAAAACAAGCUAGUGAAGCGAAGAAAAUCAAGCCUACUACUAAUAUCUUCAGUCGAAGCCACGCUUAUCGAUUUAGUGGACGGUCACAACAAGAACUUCGAGCUUGCACUGGAUCUAUUGCCAAUCUACCUCAACAAUCUUUCAGUCGAGUUUCUAGUUUUCGUAGAGUGGUUGGACUUUAUCCUAAUUCAGAUUCUGGUGGAGCUUUUAAUCGUUCUACACUCCCAGGAAGACUUCGACCAUCGAAUGACUAUUUUGGUAAUCGUUCAGAAAAAUCUAAAACGUUAGAUGAAGUUAGUCCAUUAUUGUCAGCAUUUUCAGACAUACCAAUAAAACGUAUUCCAGAUACUGUAGUGGAACAACCAUGUGAGGAGGAUCUACUUAACAAUACUAAAGCUUCACCCACUAGUAACGACAAAAAGCUGAAUAACGCAGAUGGUGAUGAGAAAGACAUUGUGAUUCAAGCUGCUGUUGAAUCAUGGAUUGAACCAACGCAAAUUGUUCAACAAACAGUUUCCGCUGAAAAAAUAAAUAUUCAGCCUGUGGCACUUGAAAAAUAUUCUGAGCCAAAUAUGGUUGUUCGUAAACGUACAGAAAAUGGUACUCUAACAUCAACUGAUUAUACACAAGCAGUUAUUGCUUUAGAUAAAACUUUAGAUCAUCAUAGCAAUUUAUCUCAACCAGAUGAAUUGACCAAAUCGAAAAUUCAGACUUAUAUUCAUGUGUCGAAUGGUGAAGCUGUUCGAAUACGUGAUGAUUUUAAAGUUUGCGCAAAUGGUCCAACUAAUAAGAAAUUUAACUAUCAGUUAAUUACAUCUAACGGUGAAACAUCACCAGUUAGUGUUCAUAGUUAUACAUUGAAGGAAAAUUGUCAACAACAACAAGAACAUACUCAUGAUAAUGAACAUAGAAGUUCAAUUCAAACAUAUGCUAUCACGUUAACUGCAACAGCGUUUGUUGUACUAGUCGGUGUUAUUGCCCUACUAGAAACUACACCAACUACAUCGAAUCAUUAUGAUCAAAAUGUUUUCUAUCAAACUGUUCGUCAUAAUUUUUUGGUUGAUAAUUUUCAAGAAUAUGUUUAUACACCAUUAAAAAUGUCAAUAGUUAAUGGGUUUAGCUCUCUAAUGUCCUAUAUUAAUCCUUAA